UUGCCCGACCUGCUGCGUGGGACGACGCAGCAGCGACGACAUACCUCUCCCUCUCGCGCACACCUCGCACAGCGGAUUCUUUCUGCGUGCAUCUCUUGCGCUCUCUGCGUGCGGCAAAGAGUCCGCAACAAUCGCCAUGAGAGCGAAGAAGGCAGCAACACUGAUUACAUUCCUCGCUCCUUCAGCAGCCUUCAGCUUCUGCAUUCUGCCUCAUCGAAGUGCUCAGCAUGCUCAGCAGCAGCAGCGAUGCACCAGGAGCAUUUUCUCAGGCCGGCCGCCCCAGGGGUGCACCUACUCCUCUGCCAUCAACCCCAGACGCGGAGGAAGAGGGCGUGCGAGGUUGUCCGGCAGCAGGCCAUGUUGCAGUCAGCAUGUAGUCAUGGCAGCGACUGCGGGCAAACCUGACACGGCAGCAGCGGCGGCGACUGCUGGUGAAGCUGCGGCGGCGGCGGCGGCGGCGGCGGCAGGCAGCAGCAGCAUCAGAAGGAACCCACGUCAGAGAGUUUCCAGGGCAUUAAACCGCGCUCUAGGGAACAUCUUAGCCACGGGGGACAUGUUCGGGAGCGUUGGCAAUGGCGUGUCCGAUGGCAACUCUUUCGGAGGGCACUUCACUUCGGCCGUGGGCCAAGCGGAUAAAGACGACGGCAGCAGUGACGAGGAGGAGGAGGACAUAGAAGGCGAAGGAGGGCACGCAGACACGGAAGAUCUGCCAGGCAAUGGACUCUCGCCCAGAAAAUUCCGGCAAGAAGAACGAUGGUGCUCACGGCUGCUGCUGGGGAAGAGCAGCAGCAGCAGCAGCAGCAGCAGCGCGAACCGGCUCCUUCGAGCGAAAACCGGGGCCUCGGCGGCCGUUGUGGUUGACGGGCCCUUCUCUGACCUGCAGGCGUACAUGACUCUCCCCGUUUCGGAGUACAGCCUGCUCGACAGCAGCAUCAUACGGCGGGUUUCCGAUACUUCGUUUCGAUUCCAGAUACCCCUGAAAGACUUUGUAGGCCUGGAUUUCACGCCGACCAUGGAGGUCGAGGUCGAGCUGGACCGCCCAGCCGGGGCUGUCGUUUUCCGGUCGACGCGCUCGACGCUGUACGGCAACGUGGGGAAGCCUGGCGAGGAAGCCAGCACCAACCCCUGGCCCGACGCGGGGUCCAGCCAGGUGGAGUACUUUCGAGUCGGAUUCGACGCGCGCCUCGGGUGGGUCGACGGGGAUGCAUCCCUAACGCCUCGGCGGCAAAGAGGCAGGGGGGGAUUCGCCGGGACGUUCGCUCGCCGCCCACGGCCGGAGGCGGAGCCGGCACUGCCGCCUUCGACAGCGGCGGCGGGACCGGGGGAGGGCGCAGAUGGCGGCGGAGAGGCGACGGGGGGUGUCGGGGAUGUCCGCGGCGACGGCGGUGUAGUGGUUCCACCGGCGGUAGCCGCGGGCGAGGCGGAGGCCUCCGCGGUGGAGCCGCCAACGGACGGGGAGCUUGCGGCAGACGUGGAGCCGGCGACCGUGUUUUGCGACACGGAAAUAAAGGUCCAGGUGCUGCUGCCGCCGCCGUACAACACGCUGCUGCCGUGGCGGCUCGUUCGCGCCCUGCUGGGGAAGCUGCUGUCGACCACCGUCGCCUUUAUCCUGCCGAGGUUUUUGGAGUUGCUUGCAGACGACUUCUACGGCUGGCAGUCGGGCACCCGGCGUGCGGCGGCCACGGCGGGCGAGACCGGCAGGACGCUCUUGGGCGGCACCGGGGGCGGCGGGAGCGGAGGCGGGAGCGGUGCCGGAAGAACUUUCCCUGCGGUAGGGCAGCAAGCAGGCACGCGGGGUAGUGCUGAUGCUCCAGGCCAGCAGCGAGCCAACGAAGGAGCAAGAUGGUGUGGCGAUGGUGGCGGUAGCAACGAAAAUGCCAACAGCAGCAACAUUCGCAAUCCGGUCGUCGGGGGACUGCAACGUCUCCGCAACGUUCGGGGGCCUGGCGGCGACCGGGGGAGAGGAAGGAGGCGGCAGACGCCGGGGACGGCGGCGGCGGCGGUCGUAGGCGAGGAUGCAGCCUCCGCGGCACCGGCAUCGUCUGCCGCAACGAUGCGACCACCGACAGCGGCGGCUUCUGCGGACGGAGCUCCCUGUCCGGGUGAAGAAGGUUUCCCGGUGGAGUCGGUGGUCUCCUCUACUACUGGUUUGUCGGGGGAUGAGUUCAACUUCGAGGUCGGCGUCCAGGAGGAGGAGGCGGGGGGGAGGGAAGGGGAACGAAGGGAUAGGCAACAGGGCCGGCGACGCGGAUGGAGGGCGGGCAGGGACCGGGAUGUCGGUGGUGGUGGUGGUGGUGGUUCGAUAAACUGGUGGGGUUAAUGGUGUUGUGGUUGUCAUCGUGUCCUUGUGUUGGCUGUUCUGGGGGGGGGGCUCCGUGGGGGGGUUGGUUCUUGACAUCUCGGGGUGAUGCUCGUGUGUCAUUCUCUCCAACACGCCCGCCCCCCCCCCCCCCCCCCCCCCCCCCCCCCCCCCCCCCCCCCCCCCCCCCCCCCCCCCCCCCCCCCCCCCCCCACUCUUGUCACGUGUAUAUGCACGUAAACACGCGAAGUUUGUAGCUGUUUGCUGUGCUGUUGAGCGUUGCUUUUGCAUCGUCCAUAUGUCUUGUCGUGUCCGUGUGUUGUGCGCGGGUGUGUGGUUAGAGUCUGCGCGUUUUUCGGUGUUGGUCCUCGAAGCUGGUUUUCUGACGUCUGUUAUUGUCGCGGUCUACACGAACGGGUGGUGUGCGACAUAGCAUGAAAAGGUGCCCAUAGCCUUCCUCAGCAAAAAAAAAACAGCGAUGGCCCGUAGCCGAACUUUGUGGAACUUUUCGUGUUGUUGGAUUGAGUGAUUGUAGUUGGUUAGUGCAGCGAAGGUGUGGUGGGAGGGGACUGUCGUCCGUCUACUUGCGAGAUUGCAUGCCUUUGGCAGACUCCCUGUCUCCGUGACAUCGUAGAGGUAGGUUGGAUUCAGAAAUGAACGUGGGCCACAGCGUAGGUCUGGAACGUGUAUCGCAGCACGCGGAGCUACACGCCCCAUUUCGAUCUCCAUUUGUUGUCAUAAAGACGUCUGAUGUAGAUAUCCUGGUUUCUCUGACCACAGUCUCAUGGAUGAUGCCGGUUCAAGUGAAUGUUAAUGGUGUGCUCUCACGCCGUCUAAUCUGAGCAAGGAAACAGGAUUCCAUCCGUUUCGGUGUCCUAUAAUAUGUGUUUGACGCACCAGCCGGGGUCACACAGGAGGAGUUGUAGGCUUCGCUCUCGAUCGGUGCUACGCUUGUACCAUUUUUAGAGCACGCAGGGUUCAGCAGCCCCUUUCCUAUGUUUUGCACUACUUUGCGCUUUCCUCUAGAUUGCGAAUUGUUCUCUCCAGAGAGGUUCAAAACCGCAACCUAAAGAGCCAGAAGGCUACGAGGUAGAACACUGAACCACCGGGGCGACCAGGCUGGAGGUUUCAUUGGACCCGCCAUAGCAUAGAGGCAGUGCAUUUGCAAGUAGUAGACAUUUCUCCUAGGGAAGCAGUUGGUCGAUAUCGUCGCUUUGGGUGUUGGCGUAAGACUACUCACUGGCCGCUGCGUUCUUGGUGAAGGAGCUUGCAGAUGUUUCGGGCGCUGGGUUCACGCGCAUCCACCGCUGCCAGCAGUGCUCCCACUGCAUGUACAGGAAAGAAGGAAAAAUCUGACUGUGUCCAUCCAACGACUUGGCUUUCCUGUUGCUGGGAGUCGGAUUUUGU